CUCCUGAAACGACUGCAGGCGGCGAGGAGAAAGGGGGCGGGGCCCGGCUCGGAGGGGCGGGGCGACUCGCCUUCCCCUCGGGUCACGCGCGGCAGGAAGUCGCGCCCUCAGCCGAGUAUCGAAAUGGGGACCUCCCUGGACAUUAAGAUUAAGAGAGCGAACAAGGUUUAUCACGCCGGGGAAGUGCUCUCGGGCGUGGUGGUCAUAUCUGGUAAGGAUUCAGUCCAGCACCAGGGAGUGUCUUUGACAGUGGAAGGAAGUGUGAACCUCCAGCUCAGUGCCAAGAGUGUGGGUGUGUUCGAGGCAUUCUAUAAUUCCGUUAAGCCUAUCCAGAUUAUCAACAGUACCAUUGAAAUGGUGAAGCCAGGGAAAUUUCCCAGUGGCAAAACGGAAAUUCCUUUUGAGUUUCCUCUGCACGUGAAGGGCAACAAAGUUCUGUACGAGACUUACCACGGCGUGUUCGUCAACAUUCAGUAUACCCUGCGCUGUGACAUGAGGCGGUCUCUGUUGGCCAAGGACUUGACAAAGACCUGCGAAUUCAUCGUUCACUCUGCUCCUCAGAAGGGGAAGUUGACCCCGAGUCCUGUGGACUUCACCAUUACACCUGAAACCCUACAGAACGUCAAAGAGAGAGCCUUGCUCCCCAAAUUUCUCAUCAGAGGGCAUCUCAACUCCACCAACUGUGUCAUCACACAGCCGCUGACAGGGGAGCUGGUGGUUGAGAGCUCGGAGGCCGCCAUCAAGAGCAUAGAGCUGCAGCUGGUCCGCGUGGAGACCUGUGGGUGUGCAGAAGGCUAUGCCCGAGAUGCCACAGAGAUUCAGAAUAUUCAGAUCGCUGAUGGAGAUGUGUGUCGGAGCCUCUCCAUCCCCAUCUACAUGGUGUUCCCCCGGCUGUUCACCUGCCCUACGCUGGAAACCACCAACUUCAAAGUGGAAUUUGAGGUUAACAUCGUUGUGCUGCUUCACGCGGAUCACCUCAUCACGGAGAACUUUCCACUGAAGCUCUGCAGGAUGUAG